AUGGCUCAUUCAAGUCCUUCAAGAAAAAAGCGACCCACAGAUGGGCAGUCGACACAGCCCAGCAAGAAGCAGAAGAAGAGUGCAGGCGGGGACGCGAAGAAGGGGAAAGGGAAGGAUUCAGAUUUCCAGGUCGUCUCUGCUACUUUGUCGAUUUCGGUCCCUCCUGUGUUUGCAAAGAAUCCCCAGGCCGGUGUGGAGGAGAUGCUGGACUCGCUGAUCAUGAGAUAUGUUCCAUCGUUGGAGGGCGUGGUCAUUGCCCACUCAAAUCUGACGUUCACAACGCCCACAGCGAGGAUAAAGGACGAUUGUCCCUUCCUUGUUUGCAACAUCAGGUUCGAUGCUACUGUCUGGAACCCAAAGAUUGGUUCUAAAAUGAAGGGAAGGAUAAUUCUAUCCUCGCCUGACCACAUAUCCCUCCUCGUCCACCGAACUUUUAACGUAUCAAUACCAAGACAUCAUAUCCCCUCCGACGAAUGGGAGUUUGAGUACGGCCCUGCCGAGAAUGACCCAGAGUUUGGGGCGGAUGCUGCUGACGAGGAAGGUCAAGCCGAAGGAGAAACUGAAGGUGUGAAGGAAGGCGAGGAGCAGCCAGUGAAAACCGAAGAAGCAAGUACGGGUAAAUGGGUACACCGCACGACAGGUGAACGGUUAGGAGGAACUGAUAAGAAGGUUGAAUUUACCGUGAUUGGGCUAACGGUGGCGAACGAGAUGCUUUCGCUGGUGGGAUCUAUCCAAGACGACCCAUUUUCUCCUGCGCAUAAACCCUAUCAAUCGACCAACACCGCGACGAAAACCAAGACGUCAGGGGAAGAAGACGACGCGGAUGAGCCGCCUGACGACGAUGAGGACGACGAGUCUGGCAGCGAGGAGGAGGACACCAUGCGCCUUCUCAAACGAAAAGCAGCUGCAGCUGCUAAGGAGACGUCAAAAAGUGACACAUCCAAACCUAGUAAAAAGAAGAAACGGAAGACAGAUGCUUCAUAG